AACGAAAAUUUUCACUCAUUCGAUAUCAGUUUGGUAAGCUUCAUAACCGGCAACACCGAACGUCGAUUAAACAAAUUGUCCAAUCUCUUUGUGAUUUUGUGUAUAUUAAAACUAAAAACUCAAAAUGCGUGAAUGUAUUUCCAUCCAUGUCGGUCAAGCUGGCGUCCAGAUUGGUAACGCCUGCUGGGAAUUGUACUGCUUGGAACACGGUAUCCAGCCUGAUGGCCAGAUGCCUUCUGAUAAGACUGUCGGCGGUGGUGAUGAUUCAUUCAACACUUUCUUCAGCGAAACUGGUGCUGGCAAACAUGUUCCUCGUGCCGUUUUCGUCGAUUUGGAACCCACUGUCGUUGAUGAAGUCCGUACUGGCACCUACCGCCAACUGUUCCACCCUGAACAGUUGAUUACCGGUAAGGAAGAUGCUGCCAACAACUACGCCCGUGGCCACUACACUAUUGGUAAGGAAAUCGUCGAUUUGGUUUUGGAUCGCAUCCGUAAAUUGGCCGAUCAGUGUACUGGCCUGCAAGGUUUCCUUAUCUUCCAUUCCUUUGGUGGUGGCACCGGUUCCGGUUUCACUUCCCUUUUGAUGGAACGUCUUUCCGUCGAUUAUGGCAAGAAAUCGAAAUUGGAAUUCGCUAUCUACCCAGCUCCUCAAGUAUCUACCGCUGUUGUCGAACCAUACAACUCGAUUUUGACCACCCACACAACACUGGAGCAUUCGGACUGCGCAUUCAUGGUUGAUAAUGAGGCUAUCUACGAUAUCUGCCGUCGCAACUUGGACAUUGAACGCCCAACCUACACUAACUUGAAUCGUCUGAUUGGUCAAAUUGUCUCAUCAAUUACUGCCUCGCUUCGUUUUGAUGGUGCCCUCAAUGUGGAUUUGACUGAAUUCCAAACUAACUUGGUGCCCUACCCACGUAUUCACUUCCCACUGGUUACCUACGCCCCCGUUAUCUCUGCAGAGAAGGCCUACCAUGAACAAUUGUCGGUUGCCGAAAUUACAAACGCUUGCUUCGAACCAGCCAACCAGAUGGUAAAAUGUGACCCACGUCACGGCAAGUACAUGGCCUGCUGUAUGUUGUACCGUGGUGAUGUUGUGCCCAAGGAUGUCAAUGCCGCCAUUGCUACCAUCAAGACCAAGCGCACCAUUCAGUUUGUGGAUUGGUGUCCCACUGGUUUCAAGGUCGGUAUUAACUACCAGCCACCUACUGUGGUGCCUGGUGGCGAUUUGGCUAAGGUGCAGCGCGCUGUCUGCAUGUUGUCCAACACCACAGCCAUUGCCGAGGCCUGGGCUCGUUUGGAUCAUAAAUUCGAUUUGAUGUACGCCAAGCGUGCUUUCGUGCACUGGUAUGUCGGUGAGGGUAUGGAAGAAGGUGAGUUCUCCGAGGCCCGUGAGGAUUUGGCUGCCCUCGAGAAGGAUUACGAGGAAGUCGGCAUGGACUCUGGCGACGGUGAAGGCGAAGGUGCCGAAGAAUAUUAAACGAAAUGAAGAGCGUAUUGAAGAAGCAUCAUCGCUGCUGAAAAAUUUUUUGUUUAAGUUGAACAAAACUGAUGUACGAAUCAAGGAACAAACGAAUGAAUGUUUUGAAGAUUAUAAGAUGAAAAAAAAAAUUGAACAUUGAAAAGAAAGGAAUGCACCAGAAUACUAAAAACAAGAGUUAAAUAAUUAAAUGAAAAUUGAUUUGAAAGUUCAAAAA